CCCUUUGGAGUGCGCGGGCGGCGUUUCAAAUGGGAGGACCCUACUCUGUGCGUGUAUGAGAGAGGGGGAGAGAGGAAGAGAGAGAGUCAGAGAGAAAGAGAGAGGACUUAUGCUGGCUAAAAGGUCUUAUCACUCGUGAGAGCAGGCUGCUGCUCCAGUGGCCCAGGGGUCCGAAAUUCCCGGGCUUAGAGGGGCAGUACCUGCUGAGAAAAUGGGCAGCAGAAUGUAUCCAACUUCCAGACUUGCCCUUCAACGAUGUCUGCUGCUGUUCAUGCUGAUCACGGUGCUAACUGAGAGGGCACAUGCUGGUGUGAAAAAAUAUGAUGUGCCUUGUGGUGGAAGAGACUGCAGUGGAGGUUGUCAAUGCUAUCCUGAGAAAGGAGCCCGGGGUCAACCAGGACAAGUUGGGCCACAAGGGUAUGAUGGACCACCAGGGCUACAAGGUAUUCCAGGAUUACAAGGACGCAAAGGUGAUAAAGGAGAACGGGGAGCACCAGGAAUAACAGGACCCAAAGGAGAUGUGGGACAAAGAGGUGUUUCUGGAUUUCCUGGAGCUGAUGGAAUUCCUGGUCAUCCAGGUCAAGGUGGACCUCGGGGAAGACCAGGCAGUGAUGGUUGUAAUGGAACUACUGGAGAUGCUGGUACACAGGGACCCCCAGGCUCUGGGGGUUUACCUGGGCUCCCUGGACCACAAGGACCCAAAGGUCAGAAAGGCGAACCUUAUGCAUUUUCUCAGGCUGAACGAGAUAAAUACAGGGGUGAUUCAGGAGAACCUGGUUUUAUUGGUUUACCGGGACCUUCAGGUUAUCCUGGCAGUCCGGGAAAAAUAGGUCCUGUUGGAGCCCCUGGGCGACCAGGACCUCCUGGACCUCCAGGACCAAAAGGACAACCAGGCAACAGAGGUCUUGGCUUUUAUGGUGAAAAGGGUGAAAAGGGUGAUGUUGGACGACCAGGACCUACUGGACUUCCACCAGAUAGUGAUCUUGCUACUUCCUUUCUUGAAAACGUGGUGGACCAACUAGAUCAAUAUAAGGGUGAAAAAGGAAACUGGGGAGAACCAGGCUGGAAAGGAAUUUCAGAAAAAGGUGAAGAAGGAAUAGUGGGCUUUCCAGGACAACGGGGUUUGCCAGGCAACAAUGGUAGAGAAGGAGAUCAAGGAGAGAAAGGAAUGAGAGGAGAUGUUGGCUUUCCAGGAAUUGAUGGCUUUAAAGGACUACCGGGAGACAUAGGUGACCGAGGUCCCCCUGGACCACCUUCAUAUUCACCCCAUCCCUCUCUAAUAAAAGGCAUAAGAGGUGAACCAGGAGAUACAGGGGCUUAUGGUCCCCCUGGAAAUCCAGGUGCACAAGGAGACCCUGGCCAACCAGGUCCCCGGGGGACAACAAUAGGAGACGGAGAUGAACGAAGAGGCCUUCCAGGUGAAAUGGGAGCCAAGGGUUUUAUGGGUGAUCCAGGAAUUCCAGCCUUGUACCCAGGACCUCCAGGUAUAGAUGGAAAACCCGGACUUCCAGGGCUACCUGGACCUUCUGGCCCACCAGGACCAGAUGGAUUUCUUUUUGGACUUAAGGGAGCAGAGGGAAAUGUGGGUUACCCAGGCCCUUCAGGAAUCCCAGGAACAAGAGGACAAAAAGGAUGGAAAGGUGAUCCUGGAGACUGUAAAUGUGAUAUUCCCAGUGGUCUUCCUGGUCCACCAGGACCCAUCGGUCGUCCUGGUGCAAAUGGAGAACCAGGGAGGAAGGGAGAAAUUGGUGAUCCAGGUGCACAUGGUAUUCCUGGUUUCCCAGGUUUCAAGGGUAACCCUGGCAUUCCUGGAUUACCUGGGAUUAAAGGACAGAAAGGAGACUCUAGAACAAUUACAACAAAAGGUAGCAGAGGUGAUCAAGGCAAUCCUGGCAUGCCUGGUUUGCAAGGUGAAGAUGGCUUUCCAGGACGAGAUGGACUAGAUGGUUUUCCAGGCCUUCCAGGUCUUCCUGGUGAUGGCAUCAAAGGCCUUCCAGGAGAUUCAGGUUUCCCAGGAGUACCUGGUUUAAAAGGCAUUCCAGGAGAAAGUGGUCCUCCAGGCCUAGGUCUACCUGGCCCAAAAGGUGAACGAGGUUUCCCUGGUGACCCUGGAUUAAGUGGAAGUCCUGGCUUCCCAGGCCCUCCAGGCCCCCCAGGCACUCCAGGCCAAACAGAUUGUGAUGGAGGUGUGAAAGAGCCAAUUGGCCAGGAGAUAAUCCGACCCGGUUGUGUAAUACCACCUAAAGGAUCUCAAGGGUUGCCUGGACUCCCAGGAUCUCCAGGUGCAAAAGGUCAAAGAGGACUUCCAGGAUUACCAGGUGUAGAUGGAUUUAUUGGACUUAAAGGAUUCCAAGGAGAUGCAGGUCGUGAAGGAUUUCCAGGACCACCAGGAUUUGUUGGACCCAGAGGAUCCAAAGGUGCAACAGGGCUCCCUGGGUUGGAUGGAAGCCCAGGCUCUUCAGGAUUACCAGGUUCUGUAGGACCAGCAGGACAAAAAGGAUUACCUGGAGAAGUAUUAGGUGCACAGACUGGUCUCCCAGGAGAUCCUGGAUUGCCUGGAAUCCCAGGAUUGAAAGGAGAACAAGGAAAUAGGGGACCUCAAGGAUUUAGAGGAAGCCCAGGUAUGCCUGGAAUGCCUGGGUUGAAAGGUCAGCCUGGAUUCCCAGGUCCUUCAGGUCAACCUGGAUUACCAGGGCCUCCAGGAACACAUGGCUUUCCAGGACCUCAAGGCCAAGCAGGACUACCAGGUUUUCCAGGACCUUCGGGAUUUCCAGGUCUACCUGGUGAUAGAGGUGAUCGAGGUGACAUAGGAGUCCCUGGCCCUGUGGGGAUGAAAGGUCUGGAUGGUGAUAGAGGUGAUACUGGUUUUAUAGGAGAGCAAGGCAGACGAGGAGAACCUGGAUUUCAAGGGAUACCUGGAUUGCCUGGCAUCCCAGGAACAAAAGGUUUCAAAGGAUCUCCUGGUAUGGAAGGUUUCAAAGGCAUGUUGGGCAUCAAAGGAAGAUCAGGAACCAUUGGAUAUAAAGGAGAGGUUGGUGAUUUUGGAAUUCCUGGUUUGAAAGGUCUAACUGGUGAACCAGGCUUGAAAGGUAGCCGUGGAGAACCAGGACCUCCAGGAGCACCUCCAAAAGUUCUGCCAGGAAUGAAAGACUUCAAAGGAGAAAAAGGAGAUGAAGGACCUGUUGGAGGGAAGGGAUAUUGGGGCAUAAAAGGUGGACAAGGAAUGCCAGGCAUUCCUGGACAGGCAGGAAUUCCUGGGUUACCUGGAAGACCUGGUCACAUCAAAGGGGCCAAAGGUGAAAUCGGUGUUCCUGGAGUGCCUGGUUUGCAAGGAUUCCCUGGUGUAAUUGGUUCUCCUGGUAUCAGAGGUUUUCCUGGAUUUGUAGGUGUUAGGGGUGACAAAGGUAUGCCUGGACGAGAAGGUCUUUAUGGUGAGACUGGAAGUAUAGGAGAUUCUGGUGAUGAAGGAGACACUAUAAAUUUACCGGGAAGGCCAGGGUUAAAGGGAGAAGUGGGCACAUCUGGACUUGCAGGUGAAAAGGGAUUCACUGGAGAAAAAGGCACACUAGGAGAUCAUGGUUUCACAGGACUGAUGGGCAUAAAAGGAUCUCAAGGCCUUCCUGGACUGAAAGGACAGACAGGUUUUCCAGGACUGACAGGACUCCAAGGACCCCAAGGAGACCCAGGUCGUGCUGGACCUCCUGGUGAAAAGGGAGAUCAAGGAUGGCCAGGGAGUCCAGGCUCAUCAGGUUUCCCCGGCAUCAGAGGAAUCAGUGGAUUACAUGGCUUACCAGGCACUAAAGGCUUCCCUGGAUCUCCAGGUACAGAUGGCUAUGGGAAUCCUGGCUUUCCUGGUCUUUUUGGUGACAAAGGAGAAAGAGGAGAGCCCAACACAAUUCCUGGCCCCCUGGGAGCACCAGGACAGAAAGGAGAAAGGGGAACCAUAGGGGAACAAGGCCCAUCUGGUAGCCCAGGACCUCAAGGACUUCCAGGAUUCACUGCACCUUCCAAUAUCUCUGGGUUACCAGGUGACAAAGGAUCCCCAGGUUUAUUUGGACCACAGGGUUACCGAGGCCUCCCGGGAGCACCUGGACCAGCAUCUUUCCCUGGAAUCAAAGGAGAAGUAGGAAGUCCAGGAUUUACAGGAGAAAGGGGACCCAAAGGAUGGCCAGGAGAUCCCGGACCCCAGGGUAGACCUGGAGUAUAUGGACUCCCAGGAGAAAAAGGACCCAAAGGACAACAAGGAGUCAUGGGAUACCAUGGGAUACCAGGAAGUAUUGGUGACAGAGGCCCCAAGGGACCUAAAGGAGAUAGAGGAUUCCCUGGCAUUCCUGGUGCUAUGGGAUCUCCUGGGAUUCCAGGAGUCCCCCUGAGGAUUGCUACAGAGCCUGGGGUGGCAGGUCCCCAUGGCAAGAGAGGGCCCCCUGGAAUGCAAGGAGAGAUGGGUCCCCAGGGUCCUCCAGGUGAUCCAGGCUUGCGAGGACUGCCUGGAAUUCCAGGUCCCCAAGGAAGAGGUGGUAUGUCAGCCCUUCCAGGAUUCAGAGGUGAUGAAGGUCCCAUGGGUCAUCAAGGACCAGUAGGCCAAGAAGGUGAACGAGGCCGACCAGGAAGUCCUGGGCUACCUGGAAUGCCAGGCCGUAGUGUUAGCAUUGGUUAUCUCCUGGUGAAACACAGUCAGACUGAUCAAGAGCCAAUGUGUCCAGUUGGCAUGAAUAAACUCUGGAGUGGAUAUAGUCUAUUAUACUUUGAAGGCCAGGAAAAAGCCCACAACCAAGAUCUUGGACUGGCUGGCUCGUGCUUGGCCCGUUUCAGCACCAUGCCUUUCCUGUACUGCAAUCCUGGAGACAUCUGCCAUUAUGCCAGCCGGAACGACAAAUCCUACUGGCUCUCAACAACUGCACCACUGCCCAUGAUGCCGGUGGCAGAAGACGAAAUUAAACCUUAUAUCAGCCGUUGCUCUGUAUGCGAAGCCCCCGCCGUGGCCAUUGCUGUCCAUAGCCAAGAUGUCUCCAUCCCCCACUGUCCUGCAGGGUGGCGCAGCCUGUGGAUUGGCUACUCCUUUCUCAUGCACACCGCCGCCGGGGAUGAGGGCGGCGGACAGUCGCUGGUAUCUCCCGGAAGCUGUCUGGAGGACUUCCGGGCCACGCCUUUUAUCGAAUGCAACGGAGGCCGAGGAACCUGCCACUACUUUGCCAACAAGUACAGCUUUUGGCUCACCACCAUUCCCGAGCAGAACUUCCAGGCCUCCCCCUCGGCGGAUACCCUGAAGGCGGGGCUCAUCCGAACUCACAUCAGUCGCUGCCAGGUCUGCAUGAAGAACCUCUAACCCUGUCCCGGGAGGUCCGCGGGGGGAAACGACAACAUGUGACCUAGUUGCCUUGACAUUGCCAAAGAGAGUCAAUUUUGGUGCUUAACUUAUUACCUCAAAUGCUGAACAGGUUGAUUUUUUUUUUAAACUAAAGGAAUUUGGCACCAGCACUUAUACCAGCCACUUCUCUAACAUUAAAUAAAACUCUUGCCUGUCUUAACCUUUUCCCCAUCUCAAAAUGAACUUCCUCAUCUUUUUUUUCUAACACUCCGACCCUUCGUUAAACAAGUAACCACUAAUAGAUGAACUACUACCAAACGUGUCACACUGGGUAAGCAAAUAGCACUACGUUGAGCUAAUUCAGUAAUGGGAUUUAUAUACAUAUAUCUAGUCACUCAUACUUUCCAUUGCAGGCAGAUAUUAACAGAGUUUUGCUUGCUUCAUGGGAUGAUGCAAGGUGGGGCAAGAAAAUGAAAAUAUAUGGUCUGUCUUAGUAGAAACUCCCAGAAAGAUAAAGUCUAUUAUAACUUGGUCAUUGCAAAGUAGGAAUGUCGGUGUUUUGACUGACUUACCUUUUGGACUAAAAAAUCACACUGUGCGGUAUUUUUUAGCUAACAUGAUAGCUUUAUAAAAAUAUUUCUCUUUGUAGUCAAAUUCUAAAUACAUUCUCUUUCCAUAGAAAAAAUAUUUGAGUACUUGUAUGUACCUGCACCAGGGUGAACAGUGCUUUUUUAGCAGUUUUUGCCUCUUUUCAUAUAAUCUGUUAACAGGUCUUCUUGCUACAUAAAUAUGAAAUUGGGUGAUAGAAAAAAUCACAGGUCUGUAAAAUUAGAAGAGACAUCUUAGCUACCAUUUAGUCACACAUCUGAAAACCGAGGCCUGAGGGAAAAUGACUUUUUCCAAGGCCACCCAACUGGACUGGGAUUGGAAUACAAGAUUCUGACUUGUAGUCUUCCCCUCCAUGCUGUCUCCAUUUUGAGACGUGUUUAUGACCCACAAUAUCGUUUGGAAGGAUGAGCUUCUGAAAUUUUAAUUUGUGUCUUCUAUUACCACAAGUUAUCAUGGAAAAAGUUAUGUUUCAUUCCUUUUAGUAAUUUGUGUUUUUUAUGAUUGUUCUACCUUGGCUAUAACUAUAACAAAAUAAAAGUGUUCUUGAUUUAUUUUCUGAAUCCUAAA